GCGGACUGGGGCCGCCGGGGCUAGGGCGGAACGGGGUUGGGAGCGGCAGACGGUCGUCUGGAGGGUGCGUCUAGGGGACUGAGGUUCCAGGAGACGCUGGACUGCGGCCUAAGGGGCCGGUGUGGACUGACCGCAGCUGCCGGCCCCAGCCGGUGCGGUGUCCUCACCCGGGUCCGCAGGAGCCCGUUCGGGGCGCCCCUCCCGUUCCGGCGCUCGGAGCCAUCCAGCCUGGCAGGCCCUGGAUCGGAAUUUGGAAAAGACCCUCGUCCUGUCCAAAGACCAGCGGUCCUCUGGGCUUCCGAGGGAAGUCUACUGAGCGCUGGGCGCUGCGGUCUGACCUUAAAAGGCGAACAGAGACCUGCAUGUGUGACCACCCGGUCCUCUGAGGAGACUUCUGCCGCAGGAAGCCUCGGGGGUCGCGCGGUCUCCGGCCGCCCCUCGUCCCAGGCCCACCCGGUGAGUAGGCGGCUCCUCCGCCGGCGCGAGGACCGGGCAGCUGCGAAAUAAAGAGUCUAUCGCUGUUUCAGAAGGAAGACCGCUUCAGUGGGAAGUUUCUGCUCUCUGGUUCUGGAGUUUUGGACAUAUGACAGGAACGUCUAGAUCUCUCUUUUCCCUGCCUUUUGCUCCCCUAGAAGAGUAUAGAGGCAUGUACUUAAACCAGCCCACCUCCCAAAGAAACAGCCUGGGUUUUUCAGAGUUGUUAAGUCACACUAACCUCUAGGACCCCCCAGAUCCUUGUGCUGCAGGGCCAUGCCAGACUCUUAAGGGCAGGCAGUUGUGAUCUUAGGUAAUUGUGAUCACAUCUAACUGUGAAGCCUCUUAUCAGAGGUUGCAGCAAUUUUCUCAACAGAAGUGGACCAGCUCAGUCCGCAGUCAUCAUGCCACAGCAGCUCCUAAUGACCCUGUCCUCCGAGGCCAGCACCUGGGUGAAGUUGCACCAUCCAAGGAAUGCCAUGGAGGGGAUGCCCCUGUGGGAGGAUGUGACUAAAAUGUUUGAAGGAGAAGCUUUGCUAUCUCAGGAUACUGAUGAGACCCAGGGAGAAAGUUUUGAGGAUGAAGUGAUUCCUGGGAUCCUGACAACAGAAUCCCAGAAACUUUUGAACUUCAAGGACAUAUCUGUGGACUUCAACCAGGAGGAGUGGGGGCAGCUGGCCCCUGCUCACCGGAAUCUGUAUCGGGAGGUGAUGCUGGAGAAUUACAGGAACCUGGUGUCAGUGGGCUAUCACUUUUCCAAGCCUAGUGUGAUUUCACAGUUGGAAAAAGGAGAAGAGCCAUGGAUGACAGAAAAAGAAGACCUAGGAGAUCCCAGUACAGACUUGAAGAGUAAAACAGAAACCAGCAGGUCAUCCUCAAAAAAUGGCAUAUCCCAGGAACAGUUGUAUCAUGGCAUUAUGAUGGAAAGGUUCAUAAGCAAUGAUGUCAUUUAUUCCACACUGAGAAAAGUCUCCAGGUAUGAUGAUGCUUUAGAAGGGCACCAGGAAGCCUAUCGGGCAGAUGUGAGACAAACCAUUUUGGCCCACAAAAAGACAGGCCGAGAAGCUAAGAAAUUUGGGGAAAAUAUUGUGAGUUCAAAUAUUAUUUUAGAACAGAAGCACUAUAAAUGUGACAACUCUAGAAAAAGGAACAAAUACAAAUUAGACUUGAUUAAUCAUCCAAUGAGUUGCAUAAGAACAAAAAUCUAUGAAUGUAAUAUAUGUGAAAAAAUGUUCAAACAACCCAUUCACCUUACUGAACAUACGAGAAUUCAUACUGGUGAGAAGCCUUUCAGAUGUAAGGAGUGUGGAAGGGCCUUUAGUCAAAGUGCAUCUCUUAACACACACCAGAGAAUCCAUACCGGUGAGAAACCCUUUGAAUGUGAGGAAUGUGGCAAAACCUUCAGACAUCGGUCAUCACUUAAUCAGCAUCACAGAACUCACACUGGGGAAAAACCUUAUGUAUGUGAUAAAUGUCAGAAAGCCUUCAGUCAGAACAUUAGCUUGAUCCAACAUUUGAGGACUCAUUCUGGAGAGAAACCCUUUACUUGCAGUGAAUGUGGAAAAACCUUCCGACAGAUUAGACACCUUAGUGAACAUGUAAGAAUUCAUACUGGGGAGAAGCCCUAUGCAUGCACUGCCUGUUGUAAAACCUUUAGUCAUAGAGCAUAUCUAACACACCACCAAAGAAUUCAUACUGGAGAGAGACCCUACAAAUGUAAGGAAUGUGGGAAAGCUUUUAGGCAGAGGAUACACCUUAGCAACCAUAAAACUGUUCAUACAGGAGUGAAAGCAUAUGAAUGCAACCGCUGUGGAAAAGCUUACAGGCAUGAUUCAUCCUUUAAGAAACAUCAAAGACAUCACACUGGAGAAAAACCUUAUGAAUGCAAUGAAUGUGGAAAAUCCUUCAGCUAUAAUUCAUCACUUAGCCGACACCAUGAAAUACACAGAAGGAAUGCAUCCCCCAAUAAUGUGUGAAAAAUGAUACUUGAUAUGAGAACAAAAGCCAACUCUAGAUCAGUGAUUCUAAAGCUUUACAAUUUCAGGACUCAGUGAUAGGGAUUUAGCUCAGUGGUUAUGCUGCCUGCCUCGCAAGCUCAAGGUCCCAAGUUCAAUACCCAGUACAAAAAAAAAAAAAAUUUCAGGACUUAAACAAGUUUGAGAAACUGAUAUGAUGGCAACUUUUAAUUUUGUCUACUGUGUAAAUAAACACUACAUUCAUAAACUG